AUGUCUACUGAUAGAGCUGUUGAUAAUAAUUCAUGUAUUUCAUCAGAACAUAAUGCAAGUAAACGAGUACUGUCUUGUACUAACAUUUUCUUCAAACAAUUAAUUAAACGUAAACCAAUGAACAUAUUACAAGCUGAAAUUGAUACACAAAAUGUAUUGAGACGUGACUUAACAGGGAUACAAUUAUUUGCUAUAAGCAUUGGUAAUAUUAUUGGUUUUGGAAUAUUUGUAUUGAGUGGACAAACUGCUGCAAUAUAUGCCGGUCCAUCAGUUAUUAUUUCAUUUGUUAUAACAGGAAUUAUUGCUUUAUUAACCUCUUUAUCAUAUUCAGAAUUAGCUACAAUGAUGCCUAGUUGUGGAUCAGUUUACACAUAUACUUAUGCAGAAUAUUUAGCAUGGUUUAUUGGAUGGAAUUCUGCACUACUUUAUCUGUUCGCUAUUUUGACGGAGGCAGUUGCUUGGAGCAAGCAGGUUGUCCAGUUUAUUGAUAUCGUAUUUGAUUAUAAUGUAACAAGCAGAUUUGUCCAAGCACCAAUAGCUUGGAACAAAGAUGCUGAUCGUUUUUUUGUCACUGAUCAAGCGAUUGAUUUACCUGCUCUUGGAAUUAUUAUUGCAAUUACAAUUUUACUUUUUAUUCGAACUCGUAAAAUGGCUAUAGUCAAUCUAAUAUUAGUUGUGAUUAAAGUUACUAUACUCUUAAUAUUUAUUUUUGCCUGCUGUCAUUAUGUCGAUCGUAAGAAUUAUUAUCCAUUUUUUCCACCAAAUCAAGGUUCAUUGACUGCCUAUGGAGUAACAGGCAUGCUGCAUGCUUGUACUCAUGUUUUCUUUGCUUAUGUGGGUUUCGAUUCAGUUUCAACAGUAGCUCAAGAAGCGAAGUCACCAGGAAGAUCAUUGCCAGUAGCCACUAUUGGAUCUACAAUUUUUUCAUCACUAUUGUAUAUUGGAAUAUGUACUGUGAUGGUUGGACUUGUUCCAUACGAGUCUUUACAGUCAGAUACUCCUCUUUCUGUGGCAAUAAAAGCUACACCUUACGGUCUUUGGCUAUCAGUUCUUAUGAGUUUAGGUGCUAUUGCUGGUCUUACAACAGUAUCAUUGACUAUAAUGCUUGCACAGACUCGAUUAUUUUAUUCUAUGGCUCAUGAUGGAUUACUACCACCAAUCUUUGCGAAAAUUUAUCCUCAAACAGCAACUCCAUGGGUCUCAAUAUUAAUUUGUGGUUUAUUUUGUGCUGCUUUUUCUUGUAUUUUACCAGUAGAUAUGUUCGGUGAAAUAGCUUCGAUUGGUGCCCUAAUUACCUAUAUGUUCGCACAUACUAUAGUUACAGUUAUGCGGCUUACACAUAGAAAUAUGCAACGAGUGUUUAAAGUGCCAUUUGGCUCAUGGUUGAUUCCGACUAUAGGUUCUCUACUAUGUAUCCUUCUUAUGACAGGCAUAAGACGAGCAACAGGUUUUCGAUUCGUUGUGUGGACUGCAUUUGGUCAAAUUGUUUAUUUUUCCUACGGUUUUUGGCAUUCUAAACAACGAAAGUUAAUGAAAAGUGUCUCUAGUGUCAAUAUAGUCAACGUUUCAUCAACAAAAGAAAAUGCUACAGAAGAAAAUGCAAGGAAUAUAUAUGACCUACGUUUAGACAUUGUAAAUACGGAAAGUGCAGUACAAAAAACAGACUUUUUUUAG